GUGACAACCGACAGGCGACAACACUCCCUGGCUCCAUUGCUCAAGAUCUCCAGAGUAAAGACUCGAGAACUUGGCUCAUUGCCUUGUUUAUGUUAGUUUAGAAUACUGAGACUUGACCGCAUCCCUAAUCUAUACCCAUUCAAGUCAAGAACCUAGCAUUGACACAAUAUGGCGCAUGUUGGAGAGUUACCCCCCAUCAGUCGGCAUAUCACUGCUCAAGACCCCCAGUCAGGAAAAGCGGUGUUUCUAUCGACGCCACCGUCAGAUUUGAAAUUCGCUCCUCUUCCAGUAGGACGCGUUGCAGCGACCUUGGGAUAUGCUACGUCCGGCUUCCCGGUUGACCUCAACAACGGCGCCGACCUGAAAGCAUACGAAGGCCAUCUAGAAACCCCCCCCGGGCUAACCAUCUCCAAUGGCUCUGUCCUGCGGAUCGUCGACUUCGCGCCCGCGAGUAAUGGGCCCAUGCAUAUCACCGAGAGCAUCGACUACGGCGUGGUGUUGGAAGGGCAGAUGGAGGCAGCGCUGGACAGCGGCGAGACGAGGCUCCUCAAGCGUGGCGAUAUAGUCGUGCAACGUGGGACGAACCACGCAUGGAAUAACCCGAGCAGCACGGAGUGGGCGAGGAUGCUGUUUGUUCUCAUUGCAGCGGUGACGCCUAUUACGGAGAAGAAAGUCCUGGAGGGGGAAUCAAGCGAAGCAUAAAGGAAUUCCGUUCGGGAAGGCGCCGUUCCCGGUGUUGGACGGUUCCUGUGGCUACUGGUGGCUCGUGGUAGUUAAACCCUCUAUUACUGCUGGACAGGAUGGAUAUGCAGGAGGUUCGGUGUCGGGUGUACUGCCAGACCAGAUAUGGACUUGCAGUCUUGGGCAUCUACUAGGGAAGCCGAGAAGUGUGAGGCUCUGAUCAGAUAUCGUGUCCUAUCCAAACACAAACACGGUUUUCAUUAGUAGCAGCUUCUAAGUUCCAAAGCAUUGAUUUCCGUUGAAAUAUCAUCAAAUUCUC